GGGGGGCGGGAAAGGUACUUAGAUACUAGGCUGCAAGGCUCUUUCCCUUCCAGUUUCUACGCCCAUUCUCUGCGCGCUGGUUUCGAUGUGGGCUGUGUAGUGUGGAGAAGGAGUGGGAUCCCUCCUCCUUUUUGCUUCUACUGAGCGGGUCCACUUCGUGCUUGGCUGCAUUUCAGGGGUCCGAAGUGUCAGCUUUAGGCCUGGUGAAGCUUGGUGGCACCAUGGCCCCGCUCGGAGCCUCCCCGCGUCUGGUGCUGCUGUUUAGCGGGAAGAGAAAAUCCGGGAAGGACUUCGUGACCGAGAGGCUGAAGAGCAGGUGUCCGCGGGUGCAGGGAAACCGAGGAAGGGCGCUACCGCAAGUGAUGGAGGGCUUUAUGGAGGGAGCUCGUGGAGGGCAAGGAGGGACAGGAUGACAGGGCAGGGGAAGGCAGACCCUCACGGUCAGUAAAACAGCAGCCUGCACAAAUCUCCCUCAAAGAACUAGGGGACUGCCACUGCAGAUCUAUGAAGAUGUAGCUCUGCCUUCAAGAAACAUGAAUUACUACUAUUACUAUGCUGGCACCUUCAACGUGCCAUUCCUGUUUGAUGAUUGUGGUCUGAGGUAACUGGCCUAGAUAAGGAGACUAACAAGACUGUAAAGGUUUUUUUUCAAGACCACGUCCUGAGUGUGUCUGCUGCAAAGAGAAUCUGCCCAGAACACCCUGCAAUGGCAGGAAUUUAUGGAAUAUUCUAUGCCAGGUGUUGUGCGUCUAUAUCAUCUCAUUUAACCUAUUUAGCUUCUUUACCAAAUAGUGGUAUUAGCAAUCCCAUGUCACAGAUGCAGAAGCAGGGGCCCUUAGGAGCUAAAACCUGGUGUGUGUGUGUGUGUCUCUGUGUGUGUGUGUCUGUGUGUGUGUGUGUCUGUGUGUGUGUCUCUGUGUGUGUGUGUCUCUGUGUGUGUGUGUGUGUGUGUGUGUGGUCCAGCAGCAGGGAGAGCUCAUACAUGUAGGAGUUCAAGGCCAGAGUGGACAACAUGGUGAAUUUUUAGUAUUAAAAUUUUUAAAUUUGCUAGGGUUAUAAAGUAGCAAACUCAGGAUUUAAAUUCAGCUUGGCCUGCCUGGAGACACCGUUCACUCACUCUGCCCUGCCUGGAAACACCAUUCACUCAUUCUGUCCUUCCUUUCUAGAUAUUUAUUUUCAAAGAUGUGUUUAUGUGAUGGGUGUGGGUUUGUGCCUUGGUGUGUGCGAGUGUUCUUGGAAGCCAGAAGAGGGCAGGUGAUCCCCAGAACUGGAGUUACAGAUGGUUGUGAGCCUUCAUGUGGGUGCUGGGAAUAGAGCCUUGGUCUGUAAGAAGAGCAGCACUGGGAUUAAAGGCAUGUGCCACCACACUUGGCCCAUCUUCAGCUUUUAAGAAAGCAUGGUUCUCGGGGUUGAGCUAAGACUGUCAGGCUUCUGAGGCUCGCCUUUCCCCCAGCCUUUUAUUUUUCUUAAGUGAUAAGAAAAUAUUCUAGGAAACACUGUUUUUUGUUUUCUUCUGGAAACUUGGGCUGGGAAAGCAGAGAAGGGGGAGAGAGAAUGCUGGGGCUCCUCUCCAAGGGCAAGGUGGUCAGGACACCACGUGUGAGGUACCACAGCCAUUCCAAGAGGUUCAGGGGAGCCCUGGGCUGAGGUUCUUACCCCAAACCUUUACCACUAAAUAAUCACCAUCGGUGUCUAAACUUUACUUGUUCUUAGCUCCACACAUAGGCAGAAGAACAGCCGGAAGCCUAGACGAUGGAUGGGGUUCGGCUGCUGGGAGUUCACGGCCUGGCUCAGUGCUUAGUGGAUGGUGUACUGCAGAUGUCUUAUCUGUUCUAGUCAAGUUCUGCUAUUGUUAAAUGGGCAUUACAUGGGAUGGCUAAAAGAAUCAAAGGAGCCAGCCUGUCCCGGAAUACAGUGUUGGCUAUUUUAAUUUACUGUUUCAUUACCCACAAUGUUACUUUUCUUUUCUUUUUUUUUUUUUUUUUUUUUUUGAUUUUUCGAGACAGGGUUUCUCUGUGUAGCCCUGGCUGUCCUGGAACUCACUUUGUAGACCAGGCUGGCCUCGAACUCAGAAAUCCGCCUGUUUCUGCCUCCCAAGUGCUGGGAUUAAAGGUGUGCGCCACCACCACCUGGCACAAUGUUACUUUUAGUUAACUUUCUUCACUCAUCCUCAUUUUCUUCAUCUGGAACAAGAACCAGGCUAGUGAGGUGGUUCAGCAGACAAAGGCACUUGCUGUCAAACCAGUUGUCCUCUGACCCCCCCCACCCAGAAAUGAUUUUUUAAAGCGGGGAGCACCUAUUUCAUAGCACACAGGAAACAAUUACUUGGAGGUAACAUCUGUGCUCUCCUGCGGCUCUCUGGUCCACUCAAGGAGGAGUAUGCUCGGGAGCAUGGCUUGGACUUCCAGAGACUUCUGGAUGCGAGCACCUACAAGGAGACCUAUCGGAGGGACAUGAUCUGUUGGGGGGAGCAGAAGCGCCAGGCAGACCCAGGCUUCUUCUGCCGGAAGAUUGUGGAAGGCGUGUCCCAGCCUAUCUGGCUGGUGAGUGACACACGGAGGACAUCUGACAUCCAGUGGUUUCAGGAGGCCUAUGGGGCUGUGAUACAGACAGUCCGAGUAGUGGCCUCGGAGCAGAGUCGACAGCAACGGGGCUGGGUGUUCACACCAGGGGUGGACGAUGCUGAGUCAGAGUGUGGUCUGGACAACUUUGGGAACUUUGACUGGGUCAUUGAGAACCACGGAGAUGAGCAGUGCCUGGAGGAUCAGCUGGAGCACCUGCUGGGAUUUAUUCAAGCCAAACUUUAGUGAUGAGGCUUGAGGGGACGAGCAGAGACUGAUGGGCCUGGCGAACAGUGGUUCUGCCAGAUGUGGGUCCCCAGUCCCAGCCGAGGUCAGCAAACAGACAGACAGUCUGGCUUGCCAGAGGUCUGGGCAGGAUGCUCGUGAGUAGUGGGCAAAUAAAGAAACCUCUGGUGUUGUGUUUUCCCUGGAGAGGACACUCUGCCUCUUUAGGGCACUUAUAGGGCAAAGGCAGGCGCAUGAGUUUUGCCUGAGGCAGGAACAUUGCCACACCCAUGAUGGGCAGGCUGCAGAGCUGUGAUGGUGGUGUUUCCCUGUGUGUACGCUCUCAGCCCUGGAGUCCUAAUAAACUUACUUGGAUCACAGCUCA